CCAAAGAAGCAUUUGAAAUGAGAAUCUCUCCUAUAAUAAUAGACAACACAAACAUACAAGCAUGGGAGAUGAAGCCGUAUGUUUCUUUGGCUCAGCAGUUCAAAUACAAAGUCAUGUUCCGAGAACCAGACACUUGGUGGAAGUUUAAGCCAAAAGAACUUGAAAGGCGAAACAUUCAUGGUGUAUCUAAAGAAAAGAUCAAAAGAAUGUUGGAACGGUAUGAACGCUGCCUUACUGUUAGUUCCAUACUGGAUUCUUUAGUCCCAGACAAAUCAGAAGCUGCUGGCUGGAGUGAAGAUCCUUAUCAGGAGGAAAGCCAUAGACAGAGAGAGGCACAUUCUGAUGUCAAGGAAGAAAAACCUGUCGUGACAGCUGAAGAUGAUAACACUUUUCCCAGUACUUCUCUAACAUUAGAAAGUAAUCGUGAUCCUGAGCAUUUUCAGAAAGAGGGACAAGAAAUGGAAAAUAACCCAGUGGAACACAGUUCAGCAAACAGCACUGUUCAAGAUGACUUGGAUGUUUAUGUAUCAGAUUGUGUAGAAAAAGAUCUGCCCUCGGACAAGAAAGAAGAAAAGGGAGAAAAAAUAGAAAAAAAUACUGAAACAGAAAUGGAUGAGGCUGAUGUGUCCAUGACUCAAGAGACUGUGUGCUUGCAGACAGGCGGAGUUGAAGAACACAGUGAUAGUAACAUUAUUGAAGUUCAAACUGAAGCUGAACAGUCUGGCAAAAUAUGCACGGAACCAGAAGCAGCACAAAGUAGUAACACAGCAGAACCAAGCAGUUCAGCUUUUGACGGGUCAGGAAAACCAGAGCUACUAAACUUUGUGGGUGACUGGCCUGUAGAACAAACAAUGGGACAGAGAGUCAAAAGACCGAGAAGACUAGAAAAAUCUUCUCUGAAGAGUGAUACGGAAGGUAAAACGCCCAGUCAGCAGCAUCCUGAGUUAGGUAAAGAGGAAGCAGGCCUGCCUGGGACUUCUGCUGUUCAAAAAGGACCCGAGGAAGAAAACCUAGCCUCUGGUUUCUCUGAUAGUUCAGAUAAAGUCACACCGGAAUUGCAAAUGGUAGGACAUUGGCCUGUCUCAGGCUCGUUAGAACAGAGACAGCAAAGGUCAAGGAGAGUGAGAAAGACAAGUCUAAAUCAGCCCGAUGAAGGUGGAAACACUGAAGGUGACAUUAAUAGAAAUGCUCUUGAGACCGUAGAUGUGCUUCGUGGGACACCUGUGAACACUGCAGAGCAACUGGAUACAAAGAGUUUGGAUGUGCACCAACCUGAAACAGGAGCUAGUGAAACAGUCGCUGAGAAAAAAACCCAGCAAAAUAAGAGAGUGAGGAAACAUCACAAAUUAGCCCUCACUUUUACGAGCAACAACUUGCCCCAGCCCAAAGAAGAGGAACACUUGUCUGUGCUUAACACAGCAGAAGAACAUGACACAUGUAGACAAAAAAGUAGCCAUUCACAGACUGAAUCACAAGACUUUGCUCUCCUGCGAAGACUGGAAAAGAAAAUGCUUUUUCCCGAGACUACCAAAAUAUUGCAUGGCAGGCUGGAUGGCUUCAGACCCAAAGACGUAGGUAAUGCCUCAGAUUCCCAGGAAAAAGUACCCUAUCGAGUUACGUAUGAUAAAAGUACGUUUGUGGAAGAAAGUGAACUUAGCAGUAUCGAUGAGUCUGAGAAGUUAAAUAUGCUGUGUAAGCUCUUUGAGUCUGUUUCGUUUGAAGCUGUGAAAGAUCUGUAUGAAAGAUGUAACAAAGACAUCGACUGGGCCACAAGUCUGCUGUUGGACUCCGAUGAGAAGUUACGCAAAGAUGUUGAUACUGAAUGCCCUCAAGUGAGAGGAGCUGAGCCAGUUGUUGCAGACCCUGAUUUCAAGGCAAGUACAGACCCUGAUGAGGCUCUCAAAGGCUGCGAACAGACUCCGCAUAUAGUUGAAGCGGGUGAUAUCGCCGAGCCUUCAGAAGACAAGAGCUCAUCACUUGGCACUGCAAAAGGUACGGCUGCCAAGGCAGCUGUGGCAGAUGCUGAUGUGUCUGACUCGUCGAAUGAUUUGGUGGAAAGUUCUGGAGAUGCAGCCCCUAGAACUGAUGCAAGCAGCUCAGCAGCAGGUAUCAUUGAGCCAUCUGUUUCGGGAGAGCAGAACAUAGACCCUGGGGGUCCUGUUGAAGAAACUGUAAAUAAGCCAUCAGUCUCAGAGCCUGAUGCAGGUUUAUAUAUCCCCGUGGCUUUGUGUGGUGGUCCUGACCCAGCUUCUCCCAGUCUGAAGUUUGAAUUAAAUAACGAAAGUGGCAGUAACACUUCAGAAAGCAGUGCAGAGAACUCCGAUGUGACUGCUGUGUUACUGGAAGUGGAUCAUGCAGCUCCGCUGGGUCCGAAGAGUGAUAAAGAAAUGGAGACACAUAAAGAAACGCGUGGGAAUUCCAGGGAGAUACGUGGUAAAGAAGAAGAGGAAACUCCAAGCUGGGAUGAAACUAAAGCCGACGUACAAAGCGCUGUAUCAGCGUCACGUGCAGCCUUCAAUAUAGAUUGCCUAGAACUAACAUUACCCCCUGAACUGGCACUCCAGUUGAAAGAAAUAUUUGGGCCUGUUGGCAUUGAUGCAGGAUCACUAACUGUUGAGGAUUGUGUGGUUCACAUUGACCUGAAUUUGGCAAGAGUGAUCCAUGAAAAAUGGAAAGAAUCUAUUCUGAAGCGUCAGAGGAGAGAUGAAUCGUGUAAGUUGUCUGCAGAAGGUCCUACUGUGAUUCAGCAGAAAGACACAGAUGACUCAGAAAUGCUGUUAUCUCAGAAUGCAGACAGUAAAGUGCAGAAGACACAAACGAGCUGGGGUUCAAGCUCAUCUAAUGACAUACAGACAAAAAAAACAGCAGCAUCAGAUGUUUUUCCUUUUAUGGAUCACUGGAAUGCUCAGAUUCAGAAAGUUUCUCUCAGGCAAAUAAUUUCAGAAGAAAUAGCUCUGCAGGAGAAAGAGGACCUGAAUCGUGCUCCUUCCAUGGCUAGAAAAGACUGUGCUGCUAAACUAAAGGAAAAGCAACUUUUUGAGAUGUUCCCAACUAUUAAUCAAAAUUUCUUAAUGGAUGUCUUCAAGGACAACAACUACUCUUUAGAUCAGACUGAACAGUUUCUGAACUGUGUUCUGGAGGCAGAUCCUGUAAAAACAGUUAUAGCUCAAGAAAGCGUUCAGCAGAAUGAAACUGUUUCUUCAUACAGUGCUGUAAAGAACCGGGAGAAGAAGGCAAAAAAAAGUAAGGAAGAGGAUGAUCCUUUGAGUGAAAUAUAUCAAGAAUUUGAGUAUCCGCAGUAUGAUGAUCUAAGAGCAGAAGCUUUUUGUCACCAGCAAAAGAGACAGGAAUGUUUGAAAAAGGCUGAGGAGGCUUAUCGCAUGGGUAUGAGGCCUGUGGCAGCAUUUUAUGCACAUCAGGGUCGCCUUCAUGAGCAGAAGAUGAGAGAAGCCAACCACGCUGCUGCUGCGCAAAUCUUUGAGAGGGUAAAUGCUUCCUUGCUGCCUAUGAAUGUGUUGGAUUUGCAUGGUCUCCAUGUGGAGGAAGCUGUGAAUCAGUUGUCCAGAGUGCUGCAGGAAAAAAGUGAAGAGUACCAGCAGACUGGCGGUAAACCGUAUCUCUGCGUUAUCACGGGAAGAGGAAGCCGUAGUCAGGGAGGGGUUGCUCGCAUCAGACCAGCAGCUAUCAGAUACCUCACAAGCCACAACUUCAGGUUCACUGAAACAAAACCAGGCUGCCUGAAAGUCAUGCUGAGUUGA